UCGAGAAGAUUGUGGACCCUUCCUUUCAAAAUUUGAAAAAUUCAGAAGGGAAAACGCCUCGAGCUUUAUUUACUGAACACCACAAGGAAUUGGCUGUAAAGGGAGAAAAAUGGAUGAAGGAAACAGCAACACCAUGCAUGAUUGUGGCCACAAUCAUAGCCUCAGUGGUGUUUGGGGCAGCUUUUACUGUACCAGGUGGAAUUAAUGGUGAUUCAGGGAUACCCAUCUUUUUACAGUCCAACUAUUUCAUGGCUUUCGUGGUAUCAGAUGCGAUGGCGCUUUUCUUCUCAACUACUUCAAUAGUUAUGUUCCUAUCCAUCCUAACUUCAAGCUACAACGAAGAAGAUUUUCUAAUUGCUUUGCCUAGAACGUUGAUAAUUGGUCUUGGAGCUCUCUUCAUCUCUGUUGCAGCUAUGGUAACAGCAUUCAGUGCAGGCCUUUACAUUGUACUUGGUCAUCGAGUUAAAUGGGUCAUCUUUCCAAUCACUCUACUUGCCUGUCUUCCAUUGUCUUCAUUCGCAUUAUUACAGUUUCCUCUCUUUGUGAAAAUUAUACAUUCCACAUAUGGGUCUCCCAUAUUCGAACAGAAUGGUGAACCCAAGGUUUAAUUGCUAGUCCUAACCUCAUAUAUAUGGAUUAUAUUUUCCCUAUUGUA